UCUCUGUGUCUCUGUCUCUGUCUCUGUGUGUCUGUCUGUGUGUGUGUCUCCGGCGGACAUGUUCUGGAGAUGAGGCUCAGAAAUGUCUCCUUCCUGACGCUGCUGUUGUUCGGGCUGCUCUCAGUCUCCUGGUACACCGCCUUCAGCAGCUCCAGAGGAGAUGUGGUGGACAUCUACCAGCGGGAGUUCCUGGCGUUGAGGGAGCGUCUGCACUCGGCGGAGCAGGAGAACCUGCGGCGCUCCAAGGAGCUGAACCUGGUUCUGGAGGAGAUCAAACGAGCCAUCGCUGAGAAACAAGCGCUGAGAGACAUCAACCGCACCUGGAGCAGCCUCUCAGAGGAGACCAGACUGAGGUUGUGGAAUGUCAGCAGCAGUAAAAACGUCCUUCAGCUUCCGUCCAUCUUCCAUCAUCUUCCUCACCUGCUGAACAGAGACGACAGUCUUCAGCCGUCUGUCCACCUGGGACAGGGACGCACCGGGGUCUCCAUGGUGAUGGGCGUGCCCAGUGUGAAGAGGGAGGUGCACUCGUACCUGACGGACACACUCAGCUCCCUGAUGUCAGAGCUCAGCGCGGCCGAGAAAGACGACUGUGUCAUCGUCGUCCUCAUCGCUGAGGCUGACCCUCAGUCCGCCACCAGUGUAGCAGACAACCUAAAGCGCCUUUUCCCAGCAGAGAUUCAGUCAGGUCUGUUAGAGGUCUCUCCGUCCGUUCACUUUUAUCCAGACUUCUCACAACUCCAGAGUCGCUUGGAGAUCCAAAGAGAGAGGCUGAGGUGGAGGACGAAGCAGAACCUGGAUUACUGUUUCCUGAUGAUGUACGCUCAGGCCAAAGGAACUUACUACGUCCAGUUGGAGGAUGACAUCGUCGCUCGUCCGAACUACUUCACCACGAUGAAGAACUUUGCGCUGCAGCAGCCGUCGGAGGAGUGGAUGAUCCUGGAGUUCUCUCAGCUCGGCUUCAUCGGUAAGAUGUUUAAGUCGUUGGACUUGUCCCUCAUCGUGGAGUUCAUGCUCAUGUUCUACAAAGACAAACCCAUCGACUGGCUGCUCGAUCACAUCAUGUGGGUCAAAGUGUGUAACCCGGAGAAGAACGCGAAACACUGCGAUCGACAGAAAGCAAACCUGAGGAUUCGCUUCAAACCGUCUCUUUUCCAACACGUGGGAACACACUCGUCUCUGGCCGGGAAAAUACAGAAGCUGAAGGAUAAGGACUUUGGGAAGCAGACGCUGCACAAAGGUCACGCUAACCCUCUGGCCGAGGUGACGACCAGUCUGAAGACGUACCAGCACUUCACUCUGGAGAAGGCGUACCUGGGCGAGGACUUCUUCUGGGCCUUCACGCCGGUGGCGGGCGACUUCAUACGCAUACGGUUCUUCACGCCCGUUCGCAUCGAGAGGUUUUUCUUCCGGAGUGGAAACAUCGAGCAUCCGGGAGACAAACUCUACAACACGUCAGUGGAAGUUCUGCCGUUUGACAAUAUUCAAGCAAACAAAGAGGCCUUGACAGACGGGAGAGAGAAGACACCAAAGUACCAGAGGACAGAGGACGGUUUCAUCAGAAUAGGAAAGUUCCAGAACGGCAUUGCAGAGGGUGAAGUGGACGCCAUGUUCGGUCCGCUGGAGGCCAUGCGUCUCUCUGUGAUCACGGACUCUCCGGUGUGGGUGAUCCUCAGUGAGAUCUUCAUAAAGAAAGCAGAGUGAAGCUCCGCCCCCUCCCCCCCACCCUCAGCGUUACCUCAGAAACCUGCGAGCGGUCAGCUGACCGCGCUGACCCGAGCGAGCUCGCCGUGGUGCCACAGCGCCCCCGUGUGUCUGCACCUGGUCCCUGCAGCGCUGAACACACCAGAGACUGAGUCACAGGGAACUGAUGAUGAAGAUGAUGAAGAUGAUGUAAUUACUCUGCUGAACAUGUGUAUUUAUGUGUACAUACAGUAAAAGUACAUGUUGAAAACACUGGUGAUCACAGGGGGCGCCGGAGAGUCCUCUGAUGAUGAUGAUGAUGAUGAUGAAGAAACUGCUGCUUCCAAAUGAACGGU